AUGGCUACUGUACAAACGCCUCCUGAGCUGAAUCUACAAUCGCCAUUGCAAGGCAAUCAAAACUCUUCAGACUUGGACCUAGUAGCGCUAACAAUGGCAGCUCUACGCUUUGUAAACCCUUGGACCGUCGAAGCCAAAACAAAUCAAUGGCAGACUCGCAUUGAACCUGGAACUGCAGAAGCUAAGGAUCGGAUCUUGUCCUUAGCCGAGGUCUCCCAACAUGACACCCCUCGUGAUUGCUGGGUCGUUAUAUACGACCGCGUAUACGACAUUACCACAUUCCUUGAUGAGCACCCCGGGGGCGCAGAUAUAAUGCUGGAAUAUGCGGGAAGAGACGCAAGUACCGCUUACAGAAGUUCUGGUCAUUCAAAGAUGGCUGCAAAGGCUCUCGACCGAUUCUUGAUUGGAGAGCUACCUAUGCACGAGCGAAUGUACCGUCGCCCAGGCGGAAUACGCCUAAGCGAUAUACCUGAAUAA